CCCGGUUUAAGCGAAUAAAAGACGUCGCAUGUCGAGCUGUUUUUUUAAACAUCGCCAGUAACAGAUCACUUCACAAUGCGUUUCGUCAUUCUGACCCUCCUUGUCGCCGCAGCUAGUGCUGCAAAUCUCGUCCCCUUGUACAGAGCACGAGAUCCAGUAAAGAACAGGUACAUCUUGAAAGUUAAGGAUGAUGUAGAUCUUGAUAAUGUUGCUGCUAAACUGCCUAGUAUGGGUAUUGGAAUAAUAAAAAGAUUUAGCUUUGCCGUAAAGGGUUUUGCUGUCGAAGCACAGGAAAAGACUAUUAACCAGUUGAGAACCAUGGAUGAGUUUGAGUACAUAGAGGAAGACGGUAUCUACAAAGCUGAUGUUGAAUGGGGUUGUGAUCGUACCGAUCAAAGAAAUCUUCCUCUCGAUGGUGUCGCAGCGUUCAAUGAUAAUGGAGCUGGUACGCAUGUAUACAUAAUUGAUACUGGUCUACGUCAUACCCAUGAUGAGUUUAAUGGACGCGCAAGUUUCUUCUUUGAUUUUGAACCUGCAAAUCAGGGAGAUGAUUGUAACGGCCACGGUACCCAUUGUGGCGGUACAUCGGUUGGAAACAGUGUCGGUAUUGCCACUGCAGCGUCCGUGUACAGCGUCCGUGUGCUCAAUUGCAAUGGUGCUGGUUUAACUAGCAACAUUGUUGACGGCUGUGAUGCAAUUGUCGCCGGCGGUCAAAAGCCAGGCACUUGCAACAUGUCUAUUGGCGGAGGUGCCAGCAUUUUAUUGGAUAAUGCCGUGGCAAGUUUGACGUCUGAUGGAUAUGUAGUGUCCGUUUCUGCCGGUAACGAUGAUACCGACGCAUGUAACCAGUCCCCAGCCAGAGAGGAAACUAGUAUAACUACAGGUUCCACUACUAGCGAUGAUGAGCGCUCAGGUUUUUCGAACUAUGGUACCUGUGUCGACAUCUUUGCUCCGGGAUCUCUGAUAAGAAGUUCAUACCAUACAGCUGACAAUGCUUACACCAUUAUGAGUGGUACAUCGAUGGCAUCUCCCCAUGUUGUCGGAGUCGCCGCAGCUAUGUUAGGAGGAGGAGUUUGUUCCGAUCACGCUAGCUGUAAGAACAAUAUCUUAGCUGUAGGUACUGCUGAUGUCGUCGGGUCUCCUGGUAUUGGCUCCCCAAAUCUUUUGCUAUACUGUGAAUAAAACAUGAUCUAAUGAUGACCAUGACGUGCUUUCUGUUUAUUUCUGCAAUAAAAUCAUCUAAUUGAUUUAAACAAAAC